AUGUCCGAUGAGCCUUCAAUCACUCGCUGGACCUUUCCGGAUUUUAAAUUGUUUUAUGAUGCCAAGUUUGGUAGAAAGAAAGUGCCGGAGGAGACGCCAAGCGAGCAGGCAACCGCUAAUGGAGGUGUGAGUAAUGGGGGAGCUUCAAGCGCCACAGCGAAUGGGAAUGGUCAUGUGAAAAACCAAUCUGACUUGGCCAUCUAUGAGAGAUAUCGAAACCAGGAAGCUGCACAGUCGAAUGGAGUUUCAUCUGAUCCAACUCAUGUGAUCCCGAAGUCUUUGCUUCCUGCUUUUGAUUCUGCAGAAACACGUUCAUUAGCAGAGAGUUUAUGCAGGGAUAUAGUUCGUGGUGAUCCGGAUGUUAAGUGGGAAACCAUUAAGGGCUUAGAGAAUGCUAAACGUUUACUUAAAGAAGCAGUGGUCAUGCCGAUUAAGUAUCCCAAGUACUUUACUGGUCUUUUAUCACCUUGGAAAGGUAUUCUCCUUUUUGGCCCUCCAGGAACAGGAAAGACUAUGCUUGCGAAGGCCGUUGCAACAGAGUGCAAGACCACAUUUUUCAACAUUUCAGCAUCAUCAGUUGUCAGUAAAUGGCGCGGUGACUCUGAGAAGUUAGUGAAGGUGCUAUUUGAGCUCGCCAGGCACCAUGCACCCUCAACUAUAUUUAUUGAUGAAAUUGAUGCAAUUAUUAGUCAACGUGGUGAAGGGCGAAGUGAGCAUGAAGCAAGUAGGCGUUUGAAAACGGAGCUUCUGAUACAGAUGGAUGGUUUGACGAAGACAAAUGAACUAGUAUUUGUUUUGGCCGCAACAAAUCUUCCGUGGGAACUUGAUGCAGCUAUGCUCCGGCGUCUUGAAAAACGAAUUCUUGUGCCUCUGCCUGAACCUGAAGCACGAAGAGCCAUGUUUGAGGAGCUCCUGCCUGUAGAACCUGGUGAGGAGGAGCUUCCUUAUGAUUUGUUGGUGGAUAAGACAGAAGGAUAUUCAGGUUCUGAUAUUCGUUUGGUAUGCAAGGAGGCUGCCAUGCAGCCCCUGAGACGCCUAAUGACACUCCUUGAAGACAAAGAGGAAAUGAUGCCUGAGGAAGAACUCCCUAAGGUUGGACCGAUCAAACAUGAUGACAUUGAGACAGCUUUGAAGAACACAAGGCCAUCUGCUCACCUCCAGGCUCAUCGUUAUGAGAAGUUCAAUGCUGAUUACGGCAGUCAAAUACUCCAAUGAUGGCACAUAACCAUAUUUGUCUUGUUCGGAAAGAUAUAUAUUUUUUUCUUCUAGUUUUAGUGUGGGUUGCAAGAUUAUGUGGCCAAUUUGCCACCCAGGUUUAUGAGGAUUAUGAUUUACAUGGACCUAAAUAAAAGGCGACUGUUUUCAUAUGGGAACAGUUUCAACAUUUUUGUAUUUAAGAGA